AUGCGGAGCAGGGGCCUAGAGCUGGCUCAUCAGAAGAGCGAGGCGGAGGUGCUUUCCCGGAGGCGGGCGUUUGUCCCACCACGCUUGACGGUCGGCGGCCACCCGAUCCCAUUGCGGAAUGAGAUCAGGUACCUCGGUGUGAUCCUGGACAAGCGUCUAACCUUUGCUGCACACGCGAGCACUGUCGCUGCGAAGGCGGCCCGCACAGCUGCUGCGUUAUCCAGGCUCAUGUCCAACAUGGGUGGAUCGGCUCAGUGGAAGAGGAGGCUGCUCGCGUCUGUUGUGGAAAGCCAGUUGCUGUAUGCUGCUCCCGUAUGGAUCCCUUCCGUUACAGAAGUCGCCAGAACUAGGGCGAUCUUGAUCCGUCCGCAGAGGACCGCCGCCUUGAGGGUAAUUCGGUCCUACCGCACCGUGUCGGACGAGGCCGCCUUGGUCUUGGCCUGCAUGCCGCCCGUUGAUCUGCUUGGACUGGAGAGGCAGUACAUCGGAUCCCGUCUGCACGCCGCAAUGGAGCCUGGUGAACAACGGCCUUCCAAGGAGGCCGUGAAACGUGAGGCAAGAGAAAUUACGAUCGCCCGCCCUGGCAGGCAAGAUGGCACGCUACCCCGAAGGCAGCCUGGACGCGUCGAGUCAUCCCUGACCUGGCUAGAUGGCUAG